GAACCCGGCAGAGGAGCAGGAAGUGGAGGCAGAGUCAGCCUUGGGGAGCUGAGCUGGGGAUCUGAGCUGUGUGGGGCAUGGUGCGCGCAGGGUGCAGGACUGCGUGGCGCUCGGCCUCCCCACAUGUCGAUCCUGUCCCCAUCCCUUCAGGGGCUGUCACAGGGACAUGGUGAUACUCCGAGCAGGCCUCUGCCCCGGCCUCACGGCAGAGAUGAUCCAGCUUCUGAAAGCCAACAGCAUUGCAACAGUGGUGGACCUUGUCUCCUCGGACCUGGAGGAAGUUGCCCGGAAGUGCUCCCUGUCCUACAAGGCCCUGGUCGCCGUGAGACGUGUGUUGCUGGCACAGUUUUCAGCUUUUCCUGUCAACGGGGCGGAUCUCUACGAGGAACUCAAGAGCUCCACAGCCAUCCUGUCCACAGGGAGUGAGAGCUUGGACAAGCUGCUGGACUCUGGCCUGUACACUGGGGAAGUGACCGAGCUCACAGGAGCACCUGGCAGUGGCAAGACACAGGUGUGCCUCAGCAUAGCCGUGAGCUCGUCCCACGACCUCAAGCAGAAUGUCCUCUACGUCGACUCCACGGGCGGGUUCACGGCCUCUCGCCUGCUCCAGCUGGCUCAGACCAGGACGGGGGAUGAGGAGGAGCAGGUGGAGGCUCUGCAGAGGAUUCAGGUGGCCCGGGUGUUCGACGUCUAUAAAAUGCUGGAUGUGUUACAGGAGCUGCGGUGCAGCGUGUCCCAGGAGGUCCUGAGCUCCUCGGGGCCGGUGAAGGUGCUGGUGGUUGACUCUGUCUCAGCUGUGAUUUGCCCGCUCCUCGGAGGCAGGCAGGCGGAGGGCUUGGCCCUCAUGAUGCAGCUGGCCAGGGAACUGAAGACGCUCGCCAGAGAACUUAACGUGGCUGUGGUGGUGACUAACCACGUGACGAGAGAUGGCAGCAGUGGUCACCUGAAACCAGCCCUAGGUCGCUCCUGGAGUUUUGUGCCCAGCACCCGGGUGCUGUUAGAGAGCAGAGAAGGCACUUGGGGAAAAGCUAGCACCCGUCGCAUUGCUUCCUUAACAAAAUCGCCCCGGCAGCCAACUGGGAUUGAGGUGGAGCUGGACAUCGGAAGCUGUGGGGUAUUGGAUGAGAGCCCAGCCGCUUCCGGAGCGGGAUGCUGAUGGAGAGUGAAAAGUGAACAGCAGAUUACAAGGGCCUUUACUGUGGGCAGUAAUAUUAGCUGCAAAGGUGAAGACUGCAGAGCCAUCCCAGGAGAGAUGCUUGGAGUCCCAGAAGAAAGGACUGUAGAAACUGGGCUGUUUCCUAUUGUCCCCGCCAGUUAAGGAACUCCCUCAUCCUGGACAAGAGAGGUUUGGGCUUCAAGGAGAGCUCGGAGGAAUGCGUCUGAGUCGGACAAGCGCGGUGUGUGGCUGUACCACUCUUCUGGAGUGCGUUAAAACCACAGGCCCUUUCCUGGGGGUUUUGUGGAUUGUCAGGGGAACCUUUGUCUCAGGGUGUCGUGAGGUGAAAGGGAAUUUUGCUGAAUUCUUUGCUGGGUAAACACCAGACUGUUGGUAACGUGGCUUUUUAUAGCUGCCUGAUCCCAGAACCUCCAGCCCUCUGGUGAGGGUCCCUGGGAGGCCUCAAUAAAGAAUACCAUCAAGACCUUCAGGAGCUGGAAUUCCAUCUACUGUAGCAGCCAUUAGUUUUAGUCCUGUUCUACCUCUAAAGGGUCAUCACUACAGCAGCCUUCAGGCCUGGGUCCCGCUCUGCUUAUUCUGUCGCAGCACGAGGGUGGACACAGGCUGCUGAAGAGAAACCACAAGAGAAGUUCUCAGAGCUUUUUAUGGUCACAUUUUUGCUACCCAGAUUGUCGGUGGGAGUAUUGGUAUUUUGGUAUAUUGCAUAAAGAAUUGCUGGAAAAAGGUAUAAGUAUCUUGGGCCAGAUCCUUAGCUGGUGCAAACUGGGUGUUGCUCCUGACUGACAGCAGUGGCAGAUCUGGUCCUGUGUUUACGCACUUCUUGGCUGAUGUAUUUGAUACCGCUUUCUGUAUUCCUUUGACUCAUUUUUAAAAAAAUUAUUAUUAUAAGGAAUAUUUUGCGUGGAAAACAGGAACUUUGUUUUAAUGAGGUUAUUCUAGACCAGCUGCUGCGCCUGCAAAUGAUCACGAUUUCAGGUGAGGACAGAUGGACUCUAAGGCCUGGCCUGAACUCAGGGAACAGUACAAAAAAACACACACCCCCGAUUUAGCUGAAUCAGUGUUUGCACCGGUGAGAACAUUAGUGUAGACAAGGCUCUGGUCUCUGGAUCCAUUUUUACCAUCACGUUGAUUAGACUUGCUUUUCGCUAAUGCUGCGAUGUAAACCGGUCCAGCUUCUUUCUAUACCAUGGCUCCCAUUCCUGCUGGCACUGCUCUAGCCAAACUGGUGUUUGACUCAGGAAGGAGUUUUUGUAAAUUUCCCCAGAGUACAAAUGGACUUACGGUCUAUUUUCUAUUUUCGUCUGCAGGCAAAUGUCCCUGGUAAUGAAAGGAGCAAAGAAACACACAAAAGGGAUCUGAGAUUUCGGUCUAAUUGCCCUAAAUUGCAUGUUUUUCAGAAUUUCCCAGGAGGCAGCAGCAGGUCUGGGUUUUGCUACCAUUGGAUUUUGUUUGUCACCUGUGUGUUGCUACAGUGCUUGUGAGAACCCAAGAUCUCUGUUCUCUCAGGGAUAUAAUUUAACAAGAAGGUGUACAACACCUUCCAUUAACUCAGCCAACCAACAAUGUAAUGCGUAUGCAUUGCUGUGUGAGAACAAUAAGCACAAUAGCUAAGUCAACAUGGUAGUCUAGGAAAGUAGCAAAGAACCAUGUGACCAGAUAUAAAUAAAAUAGGUUUAACAUCA